ACUCCCCUCUUAUCCUCCUCCAUGUUCUAAAUUUUGUACCCAUUUUUUUCUCUUUCCCUAUUCCAAUUGACUAUUUUUAGAAUGGCCAAAAUCAAAGAGUUUUUGACCAAAAUGUCCGAAUCGGGCAAACAAAUAUCCACAACCAAGAAAAACAAGAAGCUUUUCAUAUCCCUUUUCGCAACCAUCCUACUUGUCGGCGCCGUCGUCGGCAUUGUCAACGGAGUCAAGUCCUCCAAAAACAACUCCGACGAUGAAACCAAUGAGGCCUCCCACGCCAUAGUCAAAUCCUCAUGCAGCUCCACCCUCUACCCUGAACUGUGCUUUUCCACACUUGCACUUCAUCCUGAAGCCUCCAAAAAGGUUUCGAGCCAGAAGGACGUGAUAGAAUUGUUAUUGAACAUCACGACCACGGCGGUUCAGCACAACUUCUACACCGUCGAGAAGCUGCUGAAGUCCGGGAAGAAUAAGCUCACUAAGCGUGAGAGCGCUCUUCACGACUGUUUGGAGAACAUUGAUGAAACUCUCGACGAGCUUCACGAUGCUGUGGAGGACCUCCAUGAGUACCCUAAUGAGAAGACUUUGACUCAGCAUGCCGAUGACCUAAAAACUUUGAUCAGCUCCGCCAUUACCAACCAAGAAACUUGCCUUGAUGGGUUCUCGCACGAUGAUGCUGAUAAAAAAGUUAGGAAAUUUUUGUUGGCCGGUCAGGUGCACGUAGAAAAAUUGUGCAGUAAUGCGCUGACCAUGAUCAAGAACAUGACCGAUACCGACAUUGCAUACGAGAUGAAAACGAAUGUGAACCGAAAGCUGAAGGAGGAUGUGGUGGACGAGCAUGGGUGGCCGGAGUGGCUGUCGGUGGCAGACAGGCAACUGCUGCAGUCGUCAUCUGUCACACCAAAUGUGGUGGUGGCGGCAGACGGAAGUGGGAACUACAAGACGGUGUCAGCUGCGGUGGCUGCCGCGCCUGAGAAGAGUAGUAAAAGAUACGUGAUUAGAAUAAAGGCCGGGGUUUAUAGAGAAAAUGUGGACGUGCCGAAGAAAAAGACCAACAUUAUGUUUAUGGGAGAUGGGAGAAAAAACACUAUCAUCACUGCUAGUAAAAAUGUGGUCGAUGGCAGCACAACUUUCAACUCGGCCACGGUUGCUGCUGUUGGUGAGAAGUUUCUAGCGCGAGACAUAACGUUCCAAAACACAGCAGGUCCAUCAAAGCAUCAAGCUGUUGCUCUAAGAGUAGGGUCUGAUCUCUCAGCAUUCUACCGGUGCGACAUUCUUGCGUACCAAGACUCGCUCUAUGUGCACUCGAACCGCCAGUUUUUCGAAGGUUGCUUGGUAGCCGGAACAGUUGACUUCAUCUUCGGCAAUGCUGCUGUCGUGUUACAAAACUGUGACAUCCAUGCAAGAAAACCUAAUUCCGGCCAGAAGAACAUGAUCACUGCACAAGGCAGAAGUGACCCAAAUCAAAACACCGGCAUUGUGAUCCAAAAAUCGAGAAUCGGCGCUACAUCCGACUUGCAAGCCUCAAAGGGCAGCUUUAAAACAUUUUUGGGGAGGCCAUGGAAGGAGUAUUCAAGGACUGUGAUCAUGCAGUCAAGUAUAACGGAUAUCAUUGACCCUGUUGGGUGGCAUGAGUGGUCUGGCACUUUUGCCCUCAACACUUUGUUUUAUGGAGAGUAUGCUAACACUGGGGCAGGCGCUGGGACUUCGAAAAGGGUGACGUGGAAGGGGUUUAAGGUAAUUACAAGUGCCACUGAGGCUCAGGCCUAUACGCCCGGCAGAUUCAUUGCUGGUGGUAGUUGGUUGAGUUCUACUGGUUUUCCAUUUGCUCUUGGGCUAUAAAAUGUAAAUUUUAAGCAUGCUUUGUUGUACUGUAUUCUUGUGAGUCUAUAAGUUCGCUUGUGUUGGGUGAAUGUGAUGUCCGGCCUGGAUUGUAGUAGUAUCACUUAAAAACUACCAUCUGUUGGUAAUCAAUAAGAACAUCUAUUGUU